AUGCACGCGGUCGUUCAGGACCUGGAGAUAUGCAUCAUUGGGGCGGGGAUCGGCGGUACUACCACCGCUCUGGCACUUGCAAAGCAGGGCUUCAGAAAUGUCACAGUCUACGAGAGAGCCCCAGCUUUGGGGUUUGUCGGCGCGGGAAUCCAAAUGGCACCCAACAUGGCUCGCAUCUUAACGAAGCUUGGGGUAUGGGAGCCCAUCGCCGAUGAUGGGGUAGCUAUGGAAUUCUACAGCAUCCGAGAGGGUGCGACUGGGAAAAAUAUGGGACUUGUGGAUUGCAGCAAUAUUGAAAAAGACUAUGGCUACCGUCAGACCGGUGGUCACCGAGCAACCUUGGUCAAUAAUCUUUAUGACGGAUGUGUGAAGAGUGGAGUGAAGUUCUGCUUUGGCUCCAGCAUCGAUACCACCCUAGACUUUACGGGCAGACCGACUUUUACGGUGACCACUGAAGACGGUCAGUCACGUCAAGUGCAAUGUGACAUUCUGCUAGGAGCGGAUGGCAUCAAAUCUCAAACCCGUGUGGCCCUUCUCAAGCACCUCAAUGUGACUGCGGGCGUCAGAGAGACUGGGCAAGCCGCAUACCGUAUCAUGUUGACGCGGGACCAAAUGAAACAUGAUCCAGAGCUUCUCGCUCUACUAGACGGAAACGAGACCAUUCGUUGGAUUGGAGAGAAGCGUCAUAUAGUCGCCUAUCCUAUCUCCCAACGGAGCAUCUACAACAUUUCGACCACGCAGCCCGAUGUGAAUUUUGCAGCUGAAGCCUCGGCGACUUAUACCACGAAGGGUUCCAAAAAAGCAAUGCUCUCUGUGUAUGGCGAUUUUUGUCCCCUCGUCUUGCGCAUGUUGGACCUUGCACCAGAUGAGGAGAUCGUUGAAUGGAAGUUGCAUGUCCAUGACCCUCUGCCUACGUGGGUUUAUGGGUCUUUCGCUCUGAUCGGCGAUGCCUGUCAUCCGACUCUGCCACACUUGGGCCAGGGCGCUGCCCAGGCCGUUGAAGAUGGUGCUGUUCUUUCCAUCUUCUUGGCUGCUCUCCCUGAUGCCUCCCCCAUUAAUAUUAACAAAGCUCUCGUGGCUUAUGAACGGGCGAGGAAGACGAGGGCAGAAACCCUCGUCAACUUGGCUGCUGAGUCGUCUCGGGAACUUCAUCUGGGAGUUGGCAAGGCACGCGAAGAGCGAGAUCGACAAUUUGCAGCAAUGAAGACUGGCGUCCCAGGCAAGGUUCCGGAUAAGGUCAUGGAUGUAGAUGUCCAUAGAAUGACCUACGGGUUUGACUGUAUGCAGGAUGCGCGGGUCAAAGCUGUGUCGGUGCUUUGA